GUUGUUAUGGUGUGUCCCCUGACAAGGCCACUGAAGACUGGAUGUGCUCCAGGUGUACAGAAAAUGCCUUAGAAGAGGACUGCUGUUUGUGUUCAUUACGAGGAGGAGCACUGCAGAGAGCCAAUGAUGACAAGUGGGUUCAUGUGAUGUGUGCUGUAGCUGUGCUGGAGGCAAAAUUUGUGAACAUUGCAGAGCGGAGUCCUGUAGAUGUUGGCAAAAUCCCCCUGCAACGUUUCAGACUGAAAUGCAUCUUCUGCAAGAAACGAAGAAAGAGAAUUGCAGGUUGCUGUGUACAGUGUUCGCAUGGUCGGUGUCCCACAUCCUUUCAUGUCAGUUGUGCCCAAGCAGCAGGAGUCAUGAUGCAGCCUGAUGACUGGCCGUUUGUUGUCUUCAUUACCUGCUUCAGGCAUAAGAUUCCAUCUCAGCGAGCUAAGGCUGCACUCCAGGAUCUGUCACCUGGACAGAUAGUCAUCAGCAAGCACAAGAAUGGUCGCUUCUAUCAAUGUGAAGUGGUCAGCCUUGCAAAGGAGACUUUCUAUGAGGUCAACUUUGAUGAUGGUUCCUUCAGUGAUAACCUGUAUCCAGAGGACAUUGUGAGUCGAGACUGUCUUCAGUUAGGUCCCCCUGCUGAAGGGGAAGUUGUGCAGGUGAGAUGGACAGAUGGACAAGUUUAUGGAGCCAAGUUUGUCGCAUCACACGCCAUCCAGAUGUACCAGGUGGAAUUUGAAGAUGGGUCACAGCUGAUGGUGAAAAGGGAUGAUGUAUAUACUCUUGAUGAGGAGCUUCCUAAGAGAGUGAAGUCAAGACUGUCAAUAGCUUCAGAUAUGCGCUUCACAGAGAUCUUCGCAGAGAAGGAGGUCAGACAAGAGAGGAAGAGACAAAGAGUGAUCAAUUCACGCUACCGUGAAGAUUACAUUGAACCUGCGUUGUACCGGGCCAUCAUGGAGUAAGCACUGCCUGUGGCAGAGAAAGAAGAUGCCCACCUCCCCCAAGGAUUUAAAUGCUCCAGUACAACAGGCCAUAUUUGGAUGCUUCGAAUCCAGGGUUUUUUGUUUUGUUUUAAGGAAGCUAAAAAGCUGAUGCUCUGCAGUAGCUGAAGGGCAGCUGUUGGAUAGUGAAACAGAUCCCAUUUGCUGAAGCUGAUGCUGCAGACUCCUGGUCUGAAGUUGGGUCCUUACUGAAUAAGCCAGCUUGGGGGUGUUGCUUUCAUCUCGUCGAGCAGUCUUGCUUUUUUAUUAGAGACAAUUUUGACAGAUGGCAAACUCUUUUGGGAGUUGUAGCCAGGAAUCUUGGCAGCUGCAGAAUAGCACGGUCUGUUGUUUUAAUUGAAUAAUGUUCCUGAUUUUGGGAGUCUCCCUGGUGACCACACUGGGGCUUGAGCAGGCAGUAUUACUGGUGCUUGAAAUUGAACCUCUUUUUAUAUUUAUAUCCAUCUUUUUGUCGCAAGCAGCUUCGGUCUCUUGUUUCUCAGCACCUCCUUUGAGGGUUGAGCUGUAGGCUGUUCAGAUCCAAGCAGACAGGAGGUGCUUGUGUGAACAGGUGAAAUGUGAAAUUGAAUCCUAUAGGACAAAUUAUUUAACCCUCCAUUUAAUAUUUUUGUUCUGAUACUUGUUUUGACUUACUUAAUCACAAGUUUAACUGCAAUAGUAUGUGCCUCAG